UUAUUACACUUAAUCAGAAUGAUUGCGAUAAUAGUCGGCAUGGGAUGGCUCGAAGGCAUCAAUCAGUCUGAUGGUAGAUUUGUUCUAUAAAAGAGCAGCAGCAUCCCCUGGGACCAUUGAUUCAGAUUCGAAGUCAUCAGAUCUAAACAAUGCCCGUCGCGUUCAGAUACCACCAGCAGGCGCAGUCGACGUUCAAGCCUCCUCUCAUCGCGAACGAGAAUGCCUUCCUGGGGGACGUGGAUUCAUCGGACGAUUACAACCCGGAGAAACCCAUGUCGGCCGGCUUCUAUCGCCUGGAGAAGGGCACGCCGCUGACCUACGAAUACUCCUACGACGAGAUGAAGAUUAUCCUCGAGGGGGAGUACGAAAUCUCCGACGAAACCGGGCAGAAGGUCACGGCUAAGCCCGGCGAUGUCUUCCACUUCCCCAAGGGUGCCAAGAUCACCUUCACCACUCCCUCCUAUGGGCUGGCUUUCUACACGGGUCAACGGGCCAAGGGCGUCUUGUAAAGAAGCUGGGAUAAAAUGAAGAAUGGAAGCGGGGAGAAGUUAUUGGUGAUGAUGAUGUCAUUUCUGAUGCCUUGGCUUUCCUUGCUGGAUCAAAGG